GAACGUGUGCACUGAUUUUGGUGGGUUCUAGCGGCUGCUGCGCCAGUACGCACGCGCGGCGACUCCCGUCGCUAUGGUUAGUUGGCUGAGUGUUCGGUUGCGGAGCUACCCCGUCUGUCGGCCGCGUCCUUGCGCAGCAUCCGCGAAGUAGCUUCUUCGAAGAUCUCUCGGUCUUUUCGCCCACCUAGGAGUUUCUGGGUGUCGCCAGACCCUCCGUUGUCGGGAGCCCUGACGCAGGUGUUUAAUGGUCCUGAGGAGGACCCGAGGAAAAUCAAGGUGAUGUCUUCCACCAGACUCAUUCCCACCUGGAAAGAUUUUAAAUACCUCAUAAAUGAUGUCACACAUAAAAACAAGGAAUCUUUAGAUGACUCAAAGAAUGAUACAGUUGUGCUGAGUGACCGGUCCCAGAUAUUGUUCAAUGCCUACUUCUUUGCCUCCCUCUCCUGGGUGACACCCCAUGCAAAAGAAAUACAGGCUAUAGUGUGGAUGAAGAGCAAAUCUGAGGACAUGGUUGAAAAGAGAACAUUCUUCAUGACUGAGCAACUGCCACCCAUCCAGUCCAUGGUCCACAUGGGUUCCUUUCAUAUCCUUGUGGCCUACUGUGGUGACAUGGUCCUGUACCUCUUUGGGGACCACUUUCGGGCAUUCAAACCCCUAGGCACAGUGCCCUGCUGGUUCAACAUCAACUGCCUCUGCUAUGACCCAGAAAUGAAGAUGCUUCUGUCUGGCAUCCAGGGGUCAGUGGUCACCUGGAUCAUUGAUCAGAGCAGCAAGGGCCUCCAAAUAGCUCACAUGUUUUCCAUGCCUGUUAAUGAGCUUGUCCAGGACAUCAUGCUGAGUGGCCCCAAUGGCUCCCUCCUAGCCCUGUGUGAGACUGUGGUGAGAGCCCUUGAGCGCCAGGGCCAGGGCAGGCUGGGAGAGGUAAAGAAGUUCACAUCCACCCACAGUGGCUCCUCUAUCACCUGCUCUUUCACCUGUUUGGGUCGGGGUUUUCUCUAUGCUGGAAACAAGGCUGGGGAGAUGCAGGUAUGGAACCUCAGUCACAGCCAGGCUCUCCACAGUUUCAAGGCCCACUCCUCAUUAGUGGUAUGUAUCUGCAGCCAGUCAGAGGCCAAAACCCUGCUAACAGCUGGCAAGGAGGGCUUAAUGAAGGAGUGGAACGUUACUUCAGGGAAUGUGCUUCGGCGACUAGACCUCGGUGAGGAGCUGUACCACCUCCAGUUUAUUGAUGACACUGUCUUCUUCUGCCAAACUACUUAUACGUUCUCCUUGUGCUCUCUGCCCUACUUCUAUAAUCUCUUCCAUGUCUGUGGAUCUACUCCCCAGCAGGUGCAUUGGGUCUGCUGUGGUGAUAACUGGUACAGAAUCGUGUGCAUUACAGAAGAUGGCCUGUUGCGUUUUGUGUCCCCAUUAACAGGGGCUCUUCUGCUUCUCACCUGGCCCUUCUCAAUCCUGGACCAGGCUGUGGAUUGGGCCUAUGACCCAGGCAAAGAGGAGCUCUUUGUGGCAACAGGCAGCACAGAGCUGCUGGUGUUUGACACAACCCAUUGUCCUUGCCUGGCCAAGUAUCUUUUAUGCACCUCAUCAAAUUCUCAGGACUUUAUACACUGCCUGGCUUAUGGGCAUUUCCACUUGGGGCGAGGGAUAGAAGGAUUGAUAUUCUCUGGGCCCUAGAGUGGUAUAAUAAGAGUGCCUUCCCAACAUAGCUGUGCCCAAAUAGAGAAAUGCAUACACUAUGGGGCUGUACUGGCACUCUCUACACAGUCUGCGGGGCUUCUGAGUGGCCGAGAAAACUCUUUGCUGUGUUCUUAUGGAAUGGAUGACUAUAUACACUUAUCAGAAGCUGUGCUUGAUGGACCCAAAGUACAAGUGAAGCUCCUUGCAAGCAUUCUCAGCAGCUGUCACCUAAAACAACUGGUACUCUUGCCCAAUGCUGUGGGUGCCAUCACAGGCUCUAACUGCCUGCGUCUCUGGAAUUUCCAUGAUUUUAUGUUCUAUGGGUCACAAAAAGGAUCCAAAUUCAUAGAGACAUUGCCUCUGCACCAGUGUACCAUCACCUCCUUUGAUGUCUGCUUGUCCUUGAGUCUUUUCGUCACAGCUGGUAAUGAUGGCUCUGUCCGAAUCUGGGACUUCCAUGGUAGACUAAUAGCCAUGCUGGAUUCAUCACUGCACUUUGGCCCAGUCUGCUUUGCAAAUGAUCGGGGUGACCUGCUUGUGACUUUCAACCAGGGACUUUAUCUGGUAUCCUGUUUAAAACUGCUUCCCCCUACCCUGCUUUCUCGUCUUUCCUUAAGGAGUAUAACAGAUGAAGUACUAGAGGCCUCUAAGCCUUUCAUACCAAGCUUCUUCCUCUCUUUUGAGACCAUGUUUUUGCACAAAUAUAUCUACCUUGGUCAAGGGAAACAGGAAUUAGAGGGUCUGCAGAACCUCGUCAAUAAGCGGGCCAUUGCCUUUGACCAUUCUGUGCCACAUGUCAUAGAAGAAGAUGCAAAUGGGAGUCCUGUGUUAUUGAGUUCCACCAAACGUGAAGAGAGGGUGGGAACUGACUGGAUGCAGAUGAGCAAACCUCCCCAUCACCAUUACGUGGCUCCUCCUCAAUUACAACUGACUUACUGGGAUGGACUCAACCCUUAUCAGAUAUUAAGAUGCUACUUUGGUCGUGGGCGGGAAUGGAUCCUUGCCCCUGAUCGCUACAUCCCCAACUCAGUAAUUCGUGCCUGUCUUUGGCCAGAGGGCAGCCCAAUACACCUUCAUUGCAAUCUGUACUCACCUCAUUGGGAACUGAACUGUCAAAUGUCUCAACCCUUCUUCUUCUGGCACAGCAGGGUAAGAAGUUUAAGUGAAGCACAAGAAUACAAAGACAGGGAGGAUGAAAGCUUCCUAGCAAUGAGAAAAUCCAAGGAUGGAACCUACAGUGUCCUUAUAGAUCCAGCAAACCAUAGUUGGCUGGGAAGAAAAAUGAGUGAAAUAGUUGUUAGUAACCUAAUAGAAACAAUCCUCAAUAUUAUGAUCCAUGCUUCCCCACUGAAGUUCCAAUGCCGUAUUGGUGCACGUGAGCAGAUCUUUGCCUCUUACCAGGUGUCACCAACAUCCCUGCGCUCUGAGAGAGCUGGUCUGGUGGAUGAUACAACCAAUUCUAACCCACUGAUCGAGCUAGCCUGGGAAGGGCUGAAGCGUCUAGGAAUGGUCACUCAUCUCUUUGCCUUGCCUGUGGCCCAAGGGUUAAUGGAUAAGGACGAAAGAGUGAGAAAUAAGGCCCUCAGCUUCAUGCCUGAGAUUGGAAUCCACUCUAGGACCUCACUCUUAAACUUGAUCCAGAGACAAGAGACUUUCCAGGAGGUCCGGCAGGAGAUGAUUGGGGAGGAAUCCCUGGACCACCUGCUGGGGAUGUGGCCCACAGAUCUCCAAAUCCUUUUCACUCAAGUGCAGCAGCGACUGAAUGAAAACUUGACCUUGUCAAAAGAAGAUAAGAAGCCUCAUUUUUCUUUAUAUGUCUCAAGGGCUUCUGUACCUAGAUCCCCUUCCAUACAACCUGCCACUGUUCCUGAAGAAUCGGAAAUCAAGCACAGCAAAGGCCAAAGACGGGGCCGAGCGCCUGAAAAUUGUUGCGAGGUCUCAGAAAGAUGAAAGAGGGAGACUCUAAACAGAUGAGCACAGAGCCAGGCCCCAUAGAAGCUGAAAUUGAUCAGAGUGAAACUGCACCACUUGAGAUGGAGGACACAACCUUCCAC